AUGACGAACCCCACAAUACUUCUCACAACUGUCCUCCUAACACUCCUCACAACCCCCGCCCUCGCCCAAUUCGGUUUCUUCGACCAAAUGUUCGGCGGCGGCGGCGGCCAGCAACAGGGUCACCACCACCACCACGAGCAAGAAGCGCAAAACGUACGGAGUGAUGCUAGUUGGUACCAGUCACAGUAUGAGGGCGCACAAUGCACACACUACCUCUGCCCCGGCACCCUCUCAUGCGUACAUUUCCCACACCACUGCCCCUGCUCGUGGGAGACGGUCGAAGACAAAGUUGAAUUGGGCGAGGGGAUUGCGGUUUGUGGGUCCAAGGGGGGUUGGGUUGAGGGUGAGUUUGGGAAGAAGGUUGAGAUGGCUAGGAAGGGGUUGCUUUGA